CCGGUCGCUGGGGGAGGCCACGGUCUCGGGGCGCGCCGCCCCUGGGGCUAGCGGGUGGGCGGAGGCCGGGGCCCCCCUGCCAUGCUCCCGGGGAGGCGGGUGCGGGCGCCGCGCUGAGGGGAGCCCCCUGGCUCUGUCCGCCCCCGGGGUCCCCGCCGGCCUCUGUGGCCUGGGUGUCCCUCUAGGGAGGCGCCAUGGCUUUUCCUGACCUCCUGGACAAAGUGGGGGACCUGGGCAGGUUCCAGGUGCUGCAGAACGUGGCCCUACUGGUCCCCAUCAUUCUGCUCACCUCUCAGAACAUGAUAGAGAACUUCUCGGCCGCGGUGCCCAGACACCGCUGCUGGCUGCCCCUCCUGGACAACGCCACUGCCCAGGCCACACUCCCUGGGGACCUGGGGCCCGAGGACCUCCUGGCCGUGUCCAUCCCCCUCGGCCCCGACCAGCAGCCCCAGCGCUGCCGCCGCUUUCGCCAGCCCCAGUGGCAGCUCCUGGACCCCAACGCCACGGCCCCCAACGGGAGCGAGGCUGCCACGGAGCCGUGCGUGGACGGCUGGGUCUACGAUGACAGCACCUUCACCUCCACCAUCGUGACCACGUGGGACCUGGUGUGCGACUCUCAGGCCAUGAAGCCCAUGGCCCAGUCCAUCUUCUUGUCCGGGGUGAUGGUAGGCGCUGCUGUGUGCGGCCCCGUCUCUGACAGGUUCGGGCGCAGGAAGGUGUUGACGUGGAACUACCUGCAGGUGGCCGUGUCGGGCACGGUGGUCGCCUUCGUCCCCACCUUCUCCCUGUACUGCCUGUUCCGGUUCCUGGUGGCCUUCGGCCUGGCUGGCAUCAUGAUGAACACAACCACUCUGGUGAUGGAGUGGACCUCCGCCAGGUUCCGGAUCGUCACCAUGACCUUCAACUUCAUGGGCUUCAGCCUUGGCCAGGUCCUGACGGGCGCCGUGGCUUACGGGGUGCGUACCUGGCCAGCGCUACAGCUGCUGAUCUCCGUCCCCUUCUUCAUCUGCUUCCUCUACUCAUGGUGGCUGCCAGAGUCGGCCCGGUGGCUCCUCAUCACGGGCAAGCCGGAUCGGGGCCUGCGCGAGCUGCAGAGGGUGGCUGCCAUCAAUGGGAAGAAGACCGUGCAGGACACGCUGAGCAUGGAGGCCCUGCGGUCGGCCAUGCGGGAGGAGCUGAGCGCCGACCACACUGCCGUCCGGCUGAGCGCCCUGCUCUGCGCGCCCGCGCUGCGGCUGCGGAUCUGGGCCUCCAUGCUGUGCUGGUUUGCCUUUGGCUUCAGCUUUUAUGGGGUGGCCCUGGACCUGCAGUCCCUGGGCAGCAACAUGUUCCUGCUGCAGGGGCUCAUCGGAGCCAUGGACUUCCUGGGCAAGGUCGCCACGCUGCUCCUGAUGAACUACCUGGGCCGCCGCACCAUCCAGGUCAGCUCGCUGGUCCUGGCGGGGCUCUGCAUGCUGGCCAACACGCAGGUGCCGCAGGUGAUGGGGGCCCUGCGCUCGGCGCUGGCUCUGCUGGGGCUGGGGGCUCUGGGGAGCACCUUCACCUCCAUCAACAUCUUCAGCGGUGAGCUCUUCCCCACAGUGCUAAGGAUGCGAGCCGUGGGCCUCUGCCAGAUGGCGGCCCGAGCGGGGGCCUUCCUGGGGCCUGUGGUCCGGAUGCUGAGCAUCCACAGCCCCUCGGUGCCCCUGUUCAUCUACGGCUCGGCGACCCUGCUGGGCGGCCUGGCCACGCUGCUGCUGCCCGAGACCAAGAGCCUGCCGCUGCCGGACACCAUGCAGGAUGUGCAGAACCAGGCAGUAAAGAAGGCGGCACAGCCCACCCCAGCGGCGCGGCCCGUGCUCAAGUCCACGCGGUUCUAGCUUCCUGCGAGCCCACGGGGGCUGAGAAGAGGAGGAGGACGAGGAGGAGGACGACGACGAGGAGGACCAGGAGGAGGAGGAGGAGGAGGAGGAGGAGGAGGCAGCUUCGUGUCUCCCCUGAAGACGGCAGCGGCCCGUAUCUUGGGCAGCUCCUUCCAGCACAGAAGGGGCGAAGGACGGUGUGAUUGACACCGUGUCAGGG